AUGCCUCCCAAGUGCAAAGCGAAGAACGCACCCAACCAGCACGACAAGCGCCACGAGAACGGCCUCGCUCCUCCCGGGAAGCGCAUCGUCAGACAGCGCAGCAGUAACGGCCAACUGAAUGCUCAGCCUAAUGGCAAGCCGGCGACUGCUGCUGUCUCGCCGCCUGCCCUUCCCUCGACGGGCCUAAACCAAGGCUUCAAGUUCCCACGACCCGCAGACAAUACCACUUCUCAUUCCUCUUCUUCUUCCACCGCCGCCGCCGCCGCCGCCGCCGCCGCCGCCGCCAGGGACUAUGAGCUUGGCGCGGAAGCCAGGGCAAGAGACAGGACUCCUUCAGACGCUUCGGCAGAGGAAGCAGGACCAUGUGGAGAGAUGGCGGACGAGCAUGUUUCCACACCCGUGAGCGGGGAUGUCUCGCCCGCGGCGACCAUGUGCAGAGACAGACAACGACCAGGCCACACGGCGACAUCCAGUCCGCUCAAUCCCUUCUCUACAAUCCUCGCCUACUACCCUCUGCGCGACGCCAUCGCCAUCCUCAUCCUGCUCCUCUCCCUCCCGCCCACCUUGGUCCUCGUCAUCCAGACCCUGUUCGCUUCGCUCACGUUCGUCCCGCCUACCGCCGGUCUAUCGCUAUCCACCCUACCCAACAUCAAGGAGAUAUUCAAUUCCUCGAAUCUUGGCUAUCCCGCCUUGGCCACGAUCCUCUUCGUCGACUUGGUAUUUUGGAUCUUUUGGCUACUGGUGGGCAGGCCGUUGCAGGCCAUCCUCCUCGAUCUCUCACAAGCAGUCAUUGCCGUAUCUCUCAGCGGUGCAGCAGCCAGCGUCAGCGGACCGACGUACAGCAUAGCCACUUGUUCAAUCAUUGUCUGCGUGGUUCACGUGCUCCGGUACAGAGCGAUUCAUCUUACCGCCCUGGACUACCUCCGCUCCGUACUACAUAAGAUGGACAUCGGCAUACCCUUUGAUGUUCCUUCUUUUGCAACGCAAUCUCAUUCAGCAACACCCUUUGAACGCGGAAUGGCGUUUACCGCCAUCCGCACUAUUCUUGGAAUACACAUAGUUUCGCAGGGCAUCACGACCUGCAUCCGCCGCACUCUCGCAAACACCAAAGCAAACGAAAAAGAACAAAACGUACCAUCCAUCACCAAGACCGACACCGAAGCAACAGCUGGGAGUGAACCGUCGUCGCGUCUGACCGCGGGACACGCAGAUGGCUCGCCCCACUCGCAUAGCGGCGCCAGUAGCGAUGGACGCCCGCCUGGACAGCCUCCCGCCCACCGCGAGAGCAAACAGCGCGAAUCCAACAGCAAGAAGAAACGGAAGCAGGCCAACCAAGUCCGGAGCCAGCAACCGCUUUGGGCAGCUAUUGCUAGUACAAAAGUCACUUUCGUUAAAGAAAUGGAACAGCGAGAUGCGGCAGAUGACGCGCGUGAAGCCGCUGUUAUGGAUAAAAACACAACCAACCCUUUUGCAAGCGCUACCAACACCACCACCGACCGCAUCUGGAUCUGCGAAGUUCGCGAUACGGAGAUCUACUUUGCCGUGGAACUCUCGCCAGAGACUAUCUCCGCGAGCGUCGAAGUCAAGGAGGAGUCCGCUCCACCCACCACUGGAAUCGAUAAGUCGAAGCCUUUCUUCAUGCGCAUCAAUGGGGCUACGUGGAGCUCGACCCGGAUCAUGUCGAGCGAGGAAGAGGACAAGACUGGUGGCGAUCGUUACUUGGGCGAGAUCUUUGGGCUGGCUCCGCUGAGCAGCUACCAUUGUGAAGUCGUGAGUCUCGCGAGCCAGCGAGUCCUUUGCUCGGCGAGUCUGAUCACGCAGCCCGCGCCUACGGCUGAGCAAGCUGCUGUUCCAGCACCAUCCCAACAUCAGGCUCUCAGGCCUUCUUCGCCAAUCACCACACUGAAGCAGUCAAUCCAAUCCGCCGAGGCCAAGCUCAACGAGGUUCGGAAUCGCUCCAAGAAGAGCAAGAAGGACCAAAGAGCUGCGCACGCCGACAUCAAGAGAGAGAUCAACAUGUUCAGGAGCAAGUUGGAAUCUUCGGGAGGCGUUGAUGACAAACAAGAAAAGCGACUUCAGCAGAUUAGUCAGCACAAGAACCAGGCCGAAGAUGCGACUGCAAGUCUCAAGCAAGAGAUUGAGGCCAUGGGUGACCUUCCUGCGGACGAAGUGGCAGCAGCGCAAGUGAAAAGACGUGCUUGGCAGUCGGCUCUGGACACCAAGAAAGCCGCGGAACGUGAUCGCGACAACGCUAAAGCCGAACAGCUCCGAGAGAUUGACGCAUUGAAGUCUGAAAUUGCUGCAGCUGCGACUAAGAGAGACAAGCUGACGACCCGCAAUACUCAACGGGCUCAAGAAUUGAGAGAUGCGUCUGAGAAACAGCAAGCUGCCAUGACAGCCAAGCAGAAGCGAGACUUUGAACGCGCGUCCACACUGAAGGAUCGGGAGAAUAGGACACACCAGGUUCAAUUCAUGAUCAACCAGAUGGAACAGGAAAUGCACACCCACCAGCAGAAGGGUAACGAGGCUUGGCAACAGUGUCAGGCGCUCGCCAACUGGACGAGCCAGCCACCGCCGGGCUACAGCAGCUACUCGACUCCUCCCACGCCCGAGGGUCCUCUUCCUGGCACCAACGGUCAGAUCAGCCCUCAGGCAAACGGCUCCUUUCCUGCUGCUUUCGGUCCACAGCCUUACCAUUCGCCUUUCAACGCCAGUGUCGCCCUUGCAACCGCCGUGGCCGCAAACGCCCCCGGCGGUCCUCGCGGUCGAAGCUCGUCCAUGUUCAGCCAAUAUUCCGGCUUCACCGACGAUGGCGAAGGCUAUGUUUUCGAGCAUCGACCGCAGAGCUCCUGGCCUGUUCAGUAUAGUACCGGAGCUGGCGCCGUGGAAGACCGCAAGGCGAGCGACGGCGACACUGGGUCCGGGUCUGGGUCCGGUGAUGCGAGCAUGGUCAAUGAGAGCCCGAAUGGAUCGAAUAGUCCUCGGCCUGAUGCGAAACCUUUCGUUCCGAGCAAGAACGUGGGCACUAUUGGUCCUCCGGGGCGCAAGAUUCCUCAGAGCCCGCCUUCGACCCAUGCCGGUGCGGCUGGGACUGGUAGAUAA